AUGUCCCGGCAGGCUCACGGACCGCAGGCGCUGACAGGCGGCCCCGGCCCUGCGCUGCCCAGUUCCCAGCCCCGCAGGAAGCUCCCAGCCGCUCCGCAGCGCCCUGGACGCCGGCCAGCGCCGCGCUUCAAACGGCGCCCGCUCGUGGAAAUGGACAAGUUCAGCAAGGGGCCUGCGUCCAGGGAGGAACAACCUCCUGCACCAGGAUGGCUGAGGAGUGACCUGGAAGGCAGCUCCAUGGAGAAGGACCUGGGAGUGCUGGUGGACAAGCUGCCCAGGAGCCAGCAGUGUGCCCUUAUAGCCAAGAGCACCGACGGUCCCCUGGGGAGGAACGGGAAGCCCCGCAAGCCCCGCAGCACCUCCUCUGCCUCCCGUCCCUUCGGGAGCGACAGGAAGCGGCUCCGAGCCAGCGCCGAGCGCUCCGCCGACCGCCUGCCCUGGCUGCGGACGCAGGAGCGGGCACCCGGGAGCGCCGGUGCUGAGCCCCGUGCCGGGGCAGUCGCGGCCGGCAGGGCGGCGAGCAGGCAGCUGCUGCGCACAGGCAGGACCCCGCCGGGAGCGGGCAGGGCGGCGAGCAGGCAGCUGCUGCGCACAGGCAGGACCCCGCCGGGAGCGGGCAGGGCGGCGAGCAGGCAGCUGCUGCGCACAGGCAGGACCCCGCCGGGGGCCGGCAGGACGGCGAGCAGGCAGCUGCUGCGCACAGGCAGGACCCCGCCGGGGGCCGGCAGGACGGCGAGCAGGCAGCUGCUGCGCACAGGCAGGACCCCGCCGGGAGCGGGCAGGGCGGCGAGCAGGCAGCUGCUGCGCACAGGCAGGACCCCGCCGGGGAGCGGGCAGGGCGGCGAGCAGGCAGCUGCUGAGCACAGGCAGGACCCCGCCGGGAGCCGGCAGGGCGGCGAGCAGGCAGCUGCUGAGCACAGGCAGGACCCCGCCGGGGGCCGGCAGGACGGCGAGCAGGCAGCUGCUGAGCACAGGCAGGACCCCGCCGGGAGCCGGCAGGGCGGCGAGCAGGCAGCUGCUGAGCACAGGCAGGACCCCGCCGGCAGCCGCGGCCCGGAGCAGCGGCGCGGGGAUGCCGUUCGAGCCCGGGGCCAGGCCUCUCCUUCCGGCCGCUGCGCAGCGCUUCCGCCGGCGCGGCCCGGGCACGGCAGGGGUCGUGGGAAGCAGGCUGGGGGCAGCACUCCGAGCCUCGGCUCCCUGCCUGCGCUGCGCCGCGCAGGACAGUGCGGGGGGAUGCCGGUGCUGGGCUGCGCCGAGCGCUUGGGCCCGUGGCAGGCGUGGGUGCAGCCCAGCGCAGUGCCCCGCACCUGGGCGCCGUGCCCGGCACCCCUCUUCGCUCCGUGCCACCGGCCGUGCCUCCCGUCUGAGCGGGUGCUGGGUACUGCGAGGAGCUGGGCAGAUGGAGCAGCGUCAAUGCCUCCUGUGCCUUCGGCUCACAUCCCUGGCGGUGGGGCUGGGUACGCACGGGGAGGGUGCUGUACUCGGAACAAGAGCGUGGGAUCGCUUGGAAGGACCAGCACUGGGGGGGUGAAGCAGAGGUUUCCUGCAGCCGUUUCUGUGGUGGAGCUGCAGAACCGUCCCGGUGGCGUCCCGAAGCGGCCGCGGUGUGUCCGUGCCAGCCCCCCGGGCACAGCCACACGAUGGCGGUGCGCUCCUGCUCAUGCUCCGCCGCCCGGCUCCGCCGCGGCCGGCCCCUGCCCGGCUUCGCUGCCAGCCCCUGCCCGGCUUCGCUGCCAGCCCCUGCCCGGCUUUGCUGCCAGCCGGCUGCCCUCGGAGGAACGGCGCUCCCGCGGGCGUGGGGUGGCUUCCCAGGUGCUCCGCGGGUUCCAGCAGCGCUUCUCGGCGUUUCCGCGGCUUUGGCUGAUCGCUGAGAGUGCCCGGACUGGGCUGCGCUGGAGCGAGGAGCGAUGCUGA